CGCGCACCAGGGAGAAUCUCCACGCGCACAUUAGCUGAGUGGAGUUCUUGCAGGUCUGUUCUAAGCCAACUUUCUGUCCAAAACACCUCGUUUUGAAGAAGCCAUUGCAGGUGACUGUUUCCACACAAGAGGAAGAAAACUGGACCUUGCUUCUUGUUUUUAUUAUUAUUAUUCAAAUGGGAAUUACGUGCGCGGUUGAAAGUUGGGCUCACUUUUCUACUCGGUGAAUGUCGGAGCCGUUUUUCUGGAAACAUGCCGGAACGAAUAAGUGUUUCGGACUUUGUGGUGCUGACAAACGAGGAUUUAUCUUCACCUGGAACUUCCAGUUUCCAAUCCAAAAUGAGCGACUGUCGAAACACGGUCUCAGCGGUGGAAGAGUGCCUGGAGAUGGACAACACAACUCUGCAGAGGAUGAAGAAGCUGCUAAAAGCCAUACACACCUCUGGGCUCUCCCAUGUGGAAAACAAGGAGCAGUAUAUUGAGAUUCUGGAGAUCUUUGGGAAUAGCCACCUGACCCAGGACAACAAUGAAAUAUCCACUGGCUUCCUCAACUUGGCUGUGUUUACCAGAGAGGUCACGGCUCUCUUCAAAAAUCUGGUGCAAAACCUCAACAACAUCAUGGCGUUUCCUCUGGAGAACGUGCUGAAGUCUGAACUCCGGGAUGGUAGGCUAGAGCUCAAGAAAAAUAUGGAGAAGAGAUGGAAAGAUUACGACAUAAAAUUAGGGAAGCUGGAAAAAGAGAGGAAAGAGAAGACCAAACAGCUGGGCCUGAUCAGGACUGAGGUGGGAUCAGAUGGGGGGGAGGACAUGGAGCGCGAGAGAAGAAUCUUCCAGCUGCAAAUGUGUGAGUAUCUCUUGAAGAUCCAGGAGCUGAAGGUACGAAAGGGUCCUGAUCUUCUGCAAAGCCUCAUCAAAUACUUCCAGGCCCAGGUCAGUUUCUUUCAGGACGGGCUGAAAGCCGCAGAGAAUCUCAUUCCCUUCAUUGACAAACUUGCUUCCUCCGUUCACACGAUGCGCGUGGAGCAGGACGAGGAGGUGAAACAGCUCACCCAGCUGAGGGAUUCUCUCAGAUUACUUCUGCAAGUGGAGGGAAAAGAGGAGUACCUGAACAGGAAAAACUCUGGCAAUGGGUAUAGCAUCCACCAGCCACAGGGAAACAAGAAGUAUGGGACUGAGAAAUCUGGCUUUCUGCUGAAGAAGAGCGACGGAAUCAGAAAAGUCUGGCAGAAGAGGAAAUGUGGGGUGAAAUUUGGAUGCCUCACUAUUUCACACAGUACGAUCAAUCGUCCACCAGCGAAGUUGAACCUCCUGACCUGUCAGGUACGGCCUGACCCGGAGGACAAGAGGACCUUUGAUUUGGUCUCUCAUAACCGAACGUACCAUUUCCAGGCAGAAGAUGAGCAGGAAUGCAUGAUUUGGAUGUCGGUGCUGCAGAACAGUAAAGAGGAGGCCCUGAACACGGCGUUGGGAGGAGAUCAGCUCCACCUCCAGGACAGCGGGCUGCAGGAACUCUCCCAAUCAGUUAUUGCAGAGCUUCGACACAUGCCAGGCAACGAGGCGUGUGCAGACUGUGGAGCUCCAGACCCCACGUGGCUGUCCACCAACCUGGGCAUCCUGACGUGCAUCGAGUGCUCUGGGAUCCACAGAGAUCUGGGAGUCCACUACUCCAGGAUUCAGUCCCUCACUCUGGAUCUACUGAGCACCUCUGAGCUUUUGCUCGCCGUCAGCAUCGGCAACACCCGGUUCAACGACAUCAUGGAGGCCGGCCUCCCGAAUGACUCCGUCAAACCGCUGCCACAGAGUGACAUGAAUGCUAGGAAGGCAUACAUCGUGGCAAAGUAUGCUGAGCGCCGUUACGUCCUGCGUAAAGAGGAGGCCAGUCCGUGUCGGCUAUAUGAGGCCGUGAGGAGCCGAGACCUGGUUUCGCUUCUGCAGCUUUACGCCGAGGGCGCAGACCUGGCUAAGCCGCUCACGCUCCCAGAGGGACAGGGCAUCAAAGAGACGGCGCUCCACCUCGCCGUUCGUCUGGAGGAGAAAAGCUCCCUGGCGCUGGUGGAUUUCCUCUGUCAGAACAGCAACUGUCUGGAGAAGAAAACAGCAGAUGGAAACACCGCUCUUCACUACAGCGUCCUUCAUCACAAGCCUGAAUCACUCAAGUUGCUGCUGAAGGCCAAAGCAGCCAUUCACACUGUGAAUUCAGGUGGAGAAACGGCUUUAGAACUGGCCAAGAAGCUUCAGCACACACAGUGCAUCGAGCUGUUGGAGCUGGCUCACAGUGGCAAGUUUAACUCCCAGAUCCAUGUGGAGUUCAUGUGGGAGACCCAGUGUCAGGAGUUUUAUGACAGUGAGGAUGACCUGGAUGAGAAGGUCAGCCCGUUACCCAAGAGCCGAUCUCUUUCAUCAUCAAACGAAGGAGGCGGAUCAGCCUUCACUCUGUGGAACCUCAGCACCAGUUCCAGUUCCAGGCCUUGUCAGGCAUAUGAGAACCUGGAUUUCCUGUAUAAAAAUUCUCCAGCCAAUAGCGCCCUCUCUGGAGCAUUAGCGCCACCGCCGCUGCCAGCUAAAUCAAUCCAAAGAGGCCGCUCAGACCCUCAGAUUUCAGCCGCAGCACACCUACGACGGCGCAGCUCCAACCCAGCCGCCCACACCGGUCCUCAGACUCAAACCAAACUUAGUUCACCUAAUUCGGAGAAUCCAGGCCAAAUGAGACCCCCGAGGUCUUCACUGGGACAAACGAAUCUCCAGAAGACCCAGAGGCAGACUUGGGAUGGCCAGCUUGGUGCUAGUUCCGGGUCACAAAGCUCUCCUUCACUAGUAUCCCCUCAGAAUCACGUGGGACCAAUCAGCUCCGGGAAGACCACAUCUUAUCGUCGCACCGGCAACACGGGCAGCAGCCAGGGAAAGAGCGUGGGCAGCCAGGAGGAGCUGUACUGCAGCCUAACGGGAAACGGCGCCGGUUCCUCCGCUCCGACUCCAGCUCCUUCCUCCUCUCCCACCGUCACCGGCCCCCCACGCUCCCGCAAGAAUGCAAUGGUGUCUGGCAGCCGGCCACAGAAGCGUGUCAAAGCUCUGGUGGACUGCCGAGCUGUCAGCUCCGAGCAGCUGGCGUUUUUUAAAGAUGAAGUCAUCGUGGUCACGGCCACUAAUGACCCCUACUGGUGGGUCGGGCACAUCGACGGAGACCCAUCGAGGAGUGGGACCUUUCCUGUCAACUACGUACACAAACUAACAGACUGACGACCAUGUCCUUCUGAUCGGCUGAACUUUACCACCAAGUGGGACUUAUCAGCAGGAAAAGGCUCAUAACCGUGGAUCUAAGUGUUUUUUUCAUGAGGAUACCUUUUCCAAAGAGUAUAUUACUCUUUAAUCAUUGACUCACCCUGGGAAGUCACGAGGAAACGGAACGCUGUUUACUGUUGUCAUGAUCCUCCAGCUGCAGCAGAACUGAGCAGAGACAAAGCAUUGUGGGUAAUCUGCUCUAAUGUUUACUUGCAUUGCAGCUGUUGACUGUUCUGGGUAGGAUUUGUACACAGAGACUGAACUCCUGCAGGGCGAAACCUUUUAAGGCACUUUAAAUUCAGAGGAAGCCUCUGAAGCGUUAGCACAGCCAGCUGUGGCUAAUUUUACUAUUUUAAAUCACAACAUAAGAAGACUUGUGGUUCAAAUCCGGAACAGUGUCUGCCUGGGAUGUCCCAUCUCGCGUGUCUUCAACCAUACCACCAGACGGCAGCAGCCCAAAGAGAAAAGUGAAACCAGCUGACCGCAGACGGACUGCAGGAUCCAGUUUCUACCGGCUCCAGGCAUUGGCCUCUAGGGGGAUCUGGAGCAGCCAUGAUGGGAUGGAGGAGAAAAAUAGACUUUCUCUCCUAGCAGCAAUAGAGGAGCUUCAGGAUUCAGGAUGGGAGGCGUCACUACUCUUGUUUUUAAACGUGAACGUUACACAUUUCAUUCACAUUACAAUUAGCUUUAUUUGUUCAUACGUGAUAUGUACACAUGUAUAAUUUAGCAUUUUACAGGGCAGUGUUACUCAUUUUGCCACGUUUAAGUUUUCUGAACUAUAAAAGGGAAGAUUCAGUAUUUUAAACACUCUGCUGCAUAACAACUGGACUUGUUGUAUUGUACAGGUUUAAAGGAAACGGCGAGGAGCGUAUCGGUCACUUACUUUUUGAUACUGACUGGUUACAGUGUUGAUUAUGGGUUAGCAGAUGUGUGAUGUGUAAAUAACUAAUUAGCUGGUUUUACUGAGUGCAUUUGUAACAUAAACUAUACAUGUUUCAUUAUGCACCAGUCAUGUAUUUCUGGUCCUGCCAACAAAAAAAAAAAACACAUUUAGAUUAAACACAAUGAAGGUACAUAGGG